GGGGCUAGUGGCGGGAGGAGUAAAGAUGGCGGCGCGGGGGGUCUCUGCCUCCUGCUCCCGGCUGAGGCGCUCUGAGGGACGCGGCAGCGGUUGCCCUAGCCGCAGCAGCAGUCUAGUCUAGUGCUUAUAGUUUCGGCAGCACCGGCCGAGGCCGGAGCAAUGGCGGAGCUGGAGCACCUGGGAGGAAAGCGGGCAGAGUCGGCGCGAAUGCGGCGGGCGGAGCAGCUCCGGCGCUGGCGGGGCUCAUUGACAGAGCAGGAGCCCGCGGAGCGACGAGGCGCGGGGCGGCAGCCGCUGACGAGGCGUGGGAGCCCCAGGGUCCGCUUCGAGGAUGGUGCUGUCUUCCUGGCCGCCUGCUCUAGCGGGGACACAGACGAGGUAAAAAAGCUUCUGGCAAGAGGCGCCGACAUAAACACGGUCAACGUGGACGGCUUGACAGCCCUUCACCAGGCCUGUAUUGAUGAAAAUCUGGACAUGGUGAAGUUUCUGGUGGAGAACAGAGCCAAUGUAAACCAGCAAGACAAUGAGGGCUGGACACCCCUUCAUGCAGCAGCUUCUUGUGGCUAUCUCAACAUAGCAGAGUAUUUCAUUAACCACGGAGCCAGUGUAGGUAUUGUUAAUAGCGAAGGUGAAGUCCCCUCUGACCUUGCAGAAGAGCCAGCCAUGAAGGAUCUUCUUCUGGAACAAGUAAAGAAGCAAGGAGUUGAUCUGGAGCAGUCAAGGAAAGAAGAAGAACAGCAGAUGCUUCAGGAUGCCCGCCAGUGGCUCAAUAGCGGGAAGAUAGAUGAUGUGAGGCAGCCUCGCUCAGGGGCCACGGCCCUUCAUGUGGCUGCUGCCAAGGGCUACUCUGAAGUCCUCAGACUGUUAAUUCAGGCUGGCUAUGAACUCAAUGUUCAGGAUCACGACGGCUGGACUCCCCUCCAUGCUGCUGCACACUGGGGAGUGAAAGAGGCUUGCUCCAUCCUGGCAGAAGCGCUCUGUGACAUGGAUAUCCGAAACAAACUGGGCCAGACACCAUUUGAUGUGGCUGAUGAGGGUCUUGUGGAGCACUUGGAGAUGCUUCAGAAGAAGCAGAAUGUGCUGCGAAGCGAAAAGGAAACACGGAAUAAACUCAUUGAGUCAGACCUGAACAGCAAAUUGCACAGUGGACUCUUUAAGAACAAGGAGAAGAUGCUUUAUGAGGAGGAGACACCGAAGUCUCAAGAAAUAGAGGAGGAAAACAAAGAAUCCAGCAGCUCCAGUUCAGAGGAGGAAGAAGGUGAAGAUGAAGCUUCUGAGUCAGAAACUGAGAAGGAGGCAGAUAAAAAGCCAGAAGCCAUUGUCAACCAUUCCAACUCUGAAAAUAAGAGUAUUGUCACGGAGCAGAUACCACCACCAGCUCAGAAUACCUUCUCUGCCUCUUCUGCUAGGAGAUUCUCCUCCAGCCUUUUUAACAAGUCAGAAGAGCCCAAAGAUGAAUCUCCUUCUUCGUGGAGAUUGGGACUCAGAAAAACUGGCAGCCACAACAUGCUGAGUGAGGUGGCCAAUUCCAGGGAAGCUCUGAGGGACCGAGGCUCUUCCAUCUACCGCUCCUCGUCCAGCCCUCGGAUUUCUGCUCUGCUGGACAACAAAGAUAAGGAGAGAGAAAACAAAAGCUAUUUUAGUUCACUAGCACCUCGGAGACUCAGCAACACAAGUGACAGUGAAGAAAAGGAGAACAGAGAAUCAGCUGUUAACCUAGUGAGGAGUGGCUCCUAUACCCGGCAGCUAUGGAGGGAUGAAGCAAAGGGAAGUGAAACCCCGCAGACAAUUGCUCCUUCCACCUAUGUAUCAACCUACUUGAAAAGUGCUUCAUUUGGUAGAAGUAGUGACCCCACAAGUCCCUACAUUUCAGCCAAUCGCAAUUCAUCUCCUGCUACCUCACCCAUUACCAUUGGUUCAUCUACCUCUCAGGGCACCCAGUGGCAACCUGCCUCUUCUUGCCCUGCACCAAUCAGUGCAAACACUACCGCAUCUGUACACCAUGGCAGGAUUCCUCCCAAAUCCCAGUCUGACUCGAUAGCAGAGAAAACAGCAGACAAUGUCUCUUCUAGCACUCCACUCUGUGUGAUCACCAAUCGCCCUCCACCUAGCACUGCCAAUGGGGUUUCAGCUGCCACUGUGCUCUCCACUGCUGGGACAGACUCCUCUGCGGAAGCCAGGGAGAAGAGGAGGUCCUAUCUGACCCCCGUACGGGAUGAGGAAGCAGAGUCUUUACGGAAAGCACGCUCUAGACAGGCUCGGCAGACACGAAGGUCUACUCAAGGUGUUACCCUAACAGACCUUCAGGAAGCAGAAAGGACUUUCAGCCGGUCAAGGGCAGAGAGGCAAGCUCAAGAGCAGCCUGCCGAGAAGCCGGUAGACACUGAAGGGCUUGAGGGGAGCGCUGAGAAGCAUGAGCCCUCUGCAGUCCCUGCAAAGGAAGCUGAGGAGGGCCAGCAGCCCUGGGGCAGGAGUCUGGAUGAAGAGCCUGUCUAUCGUCGCCUGAGGUGUCCAACUCAGCCAGACAAACCCAUAACACCAGUGUCUCCUUCUACAUCAAACCCCUCACUCUACACCAGUUCCCAUCUGCUACAGACAAGUAGAUUUUCUGUCCCUGAUUCUGAGAGUUCGAAGACUCCCACAAACACUACAACUACAAGGGAAAUGGACAAAAAUGAGGGUGAAGAAGCGGAUUUGGAUGAUCAGUCCUCCAACAGGCUAUCCAUCCGAGAGAGGAGGCGGCCCAAGGAACGACGAAGAGGCACAGGCAUCAAUUUCUGGACAAAAGAUGAGGAUGAAACUGAUGGCUCUGAAGAGGUCAAAGAAGCAUGGCAUGAAAGACUUUCUAGGUUGGAAUCUGGAGGUAGCAACCCUACAACCAGCGAUUCUUACACUGAGCGGGCUUCAGCAAGAGCCCGUCGGGAGGCCCGGGAGGCCCGUCUAGCCACCCUGACCAGCCGUGCAGAGGAGGAUAGCAACAGAGACUAUAAAAAACUCUACGAGAGUGCCCUGACCGAAAACCAAAAACUGAAAACGAAACUUCAAGAGGCCCAACUAGAGCUAGCAGAUGUAAAAGCCAAGCUUGAGAAGAUGGCCCAGCAGAAACAAGAGAAGACCUCUGACCGAUCAUCAAUGCUGGAGAUGGAGAAACGGGAGAGGCGAGCCCUGGAGCGGAAAAUGUCAGAAAUGGAGGAAGAGAUGAAGAACCUCCACCAGCUAAAACAGAUUCAAACCUUGAAGCAGAUGAACGAGCAACUACAGGCUGAGAACAGGGCCCUCACCCGAGUGGUGGCCAGACUCUCGGAGUCCAUCGAGUCCUCGGAUACCCAGGAGCUCUAGUUCUUGCCCCUCCUCUCCACCUCACUUCCCUCCUCUACUACUCCAGGUGUUAACAGAACUGAAAUCUGACAACCAGAGGCUGAAAGAUGAAAACGGUGCCCUCAUCAGAGUCAUCAGCAAACUGUCUAAAUAGACUGGGCUCCAGGUUUAAGAGGGAGGGGAGGGACAGCAUUUGCUGCCCCUACCUCUCUUUUCCAGCCCUUGCCUUCCAACCAAAGAAGUGGAUGUUUUGGUGGAAGGACACUUUUUUCUGACCCUCUUCAGUCACCUCUGCACUGUACAUUUUCUCUGCACUCUCAGUGCCCUGUUCCUCUCACACCCCCACCCCAAGUUUUAUGAUGGUUUUAAUUGAAGCAUGAUUGUGAUCAUCCGAGCCAUCUGGAGAAGGCUUUGGGGAGGACACCAGGCUCAGCCGUGGGCCCCCCAACUUCCUGCUGCUCAGCUACUUUGUCCACAUUGGAUUCGGUUCAAACAUGUAAGGCUUCUACCCAAACCAGUACUCCUCAGCUUUUCACACUGAGCCGUGUCCUCUGAUAUAGGUGAGUCUUGCAGCAGCCACUGCGGGAUCCUGUCUGGGGUGCCGAGAGAAGCAGCAGGAUGUUGAAUUAAUCAUCAGGCGGCCUCUGGAGCUGUGUUUCUAUUAGAGUCAGUGACAGUGUGACAGUGACUCUGCAUUGAGGCUCUCUAAUCUUCACCUCUCAGGAACUGACUUGUUUUUAUUUUUUCUAUCAACAACCCAGCAACAUCCCUGACUAGUCUUAAUCCCUAUUCCUCCCUCGUGUCUAGCCCUUUCUCCAAGACUCAGCUGGCCCUGGCUUCACUUAUUCCUUUCCUUUCUUGUAUUUUUUUCUUCCCUGCCCCACCCCACACACACAUACUCGAUGGUAGAACAGAGCACCUGACCUCACUUGUCUUUGGCCAUCGUGGAAAAUCAUUAUUCUGGAGACUAGAAAAUCAUCACUCUGGUGCCUUGGGUGGCGGCACCACCGGCCCUGUCCCUGCAAAGCCAGACCAUGGCGUAAGUGUCAGCCCAUGGUUCUCAUCUCCCACUUAUCUUCCCCCUACAGAGUGAUUUUCUUUAUUAGAAAAUCUUGGCUCUGGAUACCCCAGUCUGCCUUGCUUCCCUUUGACCUUGUUUUCUUCUCCUCACUCUGGCACCUGCUCCCAAUGAGAAAUGAAGUCAGGAUCAGGAGGAACGAGAGGGGGUGAGGAUAGAUUGUUGUGGGAUGGACCAGGGAGUGGUGCGGGCUAGAAAGACACAUAUGGUGGAAGUAUAGUGUCUGAGGACACGUGCAACAUGGUGACAUCCAAGAUAGCAGCCCACUGUGUUGUCAGAUGGUGGUGAAUUUGAUUUCUGGUGGUUAGAUUUAGGGAAGAGGCAUUUGCUUUCUUAGAAGCUAACAGGAGAAAUGGUGCUUAAUAGAGGUUUAAAGGAAUGAGGCACUUUCAACCCAUUGAUGAGAGUCAUGGAAUUGAGAGUGGUAAGGCCCAGAGAUCAUGUGGUCCAGCUUUCCAUUGUUGUGUCACGAGGACCCCAGCCUCCAGAGCUUCGACCCAGGAUUGGGCACCUCUGGUGGCUUCAAGCAUUUACUACUCGAAAGUUGGGCAGCUCUAAUAACCAGAGAGUUGUUCCUAAUAGGAGCUGAAGUCAGCCUUUGGAUUCUCCCUGUGUCCAGAUCUGCCCUUUGCAGCUCUCUGACACGACAGCCCUUCAGAUGUGUGCGUUGGUGGCCUCCCCUUCGCCUUACUUCCCGACCUGACGUCCCCCUUGGCCUUUCAGUCACUGCUCACACACGUGCUUUUCCUGCCCGUUGCUUCUCUUCUAGACAAAAACAGCCUUUUAAAAUAGCAUGCCCAGACCCGGACAGAAUACGCUAUAAAUCCAGCACAAAACCAAACCUUUAGUUCUUAAUGACCCCAUAUUAAUACUUGUAGUAUCUUCUUUUUGUAGGAGUUUUAUUCCUUGGCUCAUUUUGAGUGUGCAGGUCAUUUAAAUCUUCAUCGUUUUAGGGUCACCAGUGAUAUUCAGUGUUUAGAAUGGUCCGUUCUCUUAACAUGUACUACCACUGUCUGUUAAUUUCUUUCCUAAAAGUGACAGCCUCGUUUUCCAUGGACCUCUGAAACAUCACGUGCUCUUUAAACCAGAAGCUAUGAUUCAAGAUCCCAGUUCCAGAAUAGGAGCUGUGUCUCCUGUGGCAAAACCCCAUUUUUUAGCAUGCACAGAAUUCUCUCCUCCAUUUCCAGCUGUUUGAGAAGCUCCUACUAUUUGGGGCCUUUGUAUUACCAUGGGGGUACUGUGUGCUCAGUUCUCAGGGAAUGCUAAACUAGAGUAAGCAGUUCCAUCUCUUCUACCAUAUGCAUUUCCUUCACUCCAGGGGGAGGAAAUCGGCACAGUUGUUGACUGAAUCCUGACACAUUUUGGAUAUGGGGGAAGAGGGAAUCAUGCCUCCCUCUCAGGUAAAGAAAAUUGGAUUAUUAGAAAAAUAUUCUAGCUUGACCCUCUUCCAUUCAAUAGACCAGGUAAAGGGGUUACAGAGAGUCCCCUCAGAUCUGUCUGUGCCUUUCCAAAGUGUUGGAGGCAGGUUGUCAGAACUCUGAGGUUGGUGUCACACCUCUGCUGCUUCACGUGACCCUUUCACGGUAAAAGAUGAUUGUUCUUGCCUGAAAGUCUUCAUUGUGUCAAGAAGUUUAUAAGCUUUUCAAUCUCAGGAAUACUGGAUUCUAUGGCCAAGAACUCAUGAAAGUGUAAACCAUCCCAGGUAAUUUCAGGUACUCUCUCUUAUGCAGUUAAUUUUAUUAGAUAAACUCUAAAUUCUGGCCUCCCCCCAGAGAUGAAACGCCGCUCCUUCACAGCUGCAUUGACCGGAGGCCCACGAGGCGGUGGUCAUAGGGCUUCUGACAGCCAGCAGUUCUCCCUGUGCUGGUGUCAGCAUGUCUCUCUCUCCUUGUGCGGAGUGGACAGCGACCUGCCUUUGCUCUCUUCAGUGGCCACAACCCGCGGUCCUCACCUGCUGGUUUGGGUCCUCAUGAGUGCCCCGGGUCGCUCGAGCUGAAUGAGUAGCUGCAGGCUUGGCCCACAGCGUGGGACUCAGGUCUGUCACUUUGGAGUCUUUACGGGAAUCAUCAGCAUGGGAGAGAGAGUAUUCUCAGCCAUACACCCUCUGUUCUCAUUUUGUAUUUUUCAAAAACGGAACCACACUUUUGGGAGUAAUGAUAUAGCUAUUCCAGAGCUUCUCUGGCCAAAGUUUGCCUGUUUGUCUUUCCAGGGCUGCUGCUCCUUUUCCAGAUAGCUCCAGGAUAUGAUGACCCCUUGUUCCAGCAGUCUCUGCUGGGAGAGUUAUGCAAAUCUCAGGUGUUGCCACCAAAGAAUCUAAGGCACAGACAUGCCUUGGGUGUCCUUGGCACACUAGACUCUCACUCGAUGUUCCCUAGAGCCUCCCUGUCUUUCUCUGGCUGACUCAGGAGGUGCUUGCUUCUCUUCUGGCCUGUCCCUGGUUUCUGUCCUAGUUCCCACCCCAUGUUUAAGAAAACCUACAUGCAUUUAUUGCUAUCUGAGGCCAUUGAUGAGAUUUCAGAACUCUAUUUUAGAACACUUCAACCAUUCUUCCUGCCCCAAACAAAAUGUGUGCUUAUU